AUGGAAGACCCUGUCACUCUGCUCUCGAAGCUAACUGUGCAGGAGAAGGCCGACCUCUGCAGUGGUGCUGAUAUGUGGCAUACUAAUGCGGUGAACCGUCUCGGUGUGCCACAGCUUUAUUUAACAGAUGGUCCUCACGGGCUGCGGAUGUUUUGGGCGGACGAGAUGGACACUGUGGAUAUUGCGUCUCUAUCGACAACAUGCUUCCCGACCGCUGUUUGUAUGGCGUCCACAUGGAACCGUGAACUAAUACAUAAGGUGGGUUGUGCUUUGGCAGAGGAGUGCCAGGCACAUGAUGUGGCUGUUCUGCUUGGACCUGGUACGAAUAUAAAGCGAUCUCCAUUGUGUGGUCGAAACUUCGAGUAUUACUCGGAGGAUCCAUUCCUCAGUUCUCGCAUUGCAGCAGCUCUCAUCGAAGGUGUUCAGAGCGGGGGUGUGGGAACGGCGAUAAAGCACUUUGCAGCAAACAACCAGGAGACCAACCGUUGUACCUGCAGCAACUCUGUCGUUGAUGAACGAACCCUCCGAGAGAUUUAUUUCGCCGCUUUUGAGUAUCCUGUGAAGGUGGCUAAACCGUGGAUGUUAAUGUGCUCAUACAACAAACUCAAUGGAGUGUAUGCCUCAGAAAACGAAUGGCUCCUCAAGAAGGUCCUUCGUGAAGAGUGGGGGUACGAAGGCGUUACUGUCUCUGAUUGGGGCGCUGUGGACCAGCGUGUGGAGGCGUUGAGCGCUGGUCUCGAUCUUGAAAUGCCAACCAGCUUCGGAAUAAACAGUGCCAAAAUCGUUGCUGCUGUCAAGAAUGGUAAGAUAAGUGAAGAGGUCCUGGAUACCUCAGUAAAGCGCAUUCUUGAACUGAAUCUCAAACGG